AUGAGUCGUAUACUUGAAAAUCUCCGCAAUGUGGACCCUAACAACAGUGACGCAGUAAAAGAAACUAUAACUGCGUUCUUUCAAAACCUUCCAAAGCAUACAGAAGAAAACUGCAACGUAUGGUUGCGCGUUUUAGAACAUGUUAUAACCCGGUUUCCAAGAUACUGCGCACAACACAGGUCAACUAUAGAAAAUCAUAUUGCACAUUUUCUAGAUUGUGCUAAUUACUACAAUGUUAUUGAAGCUGCAAAAUGUGCGCAUGGACUACAGCAGAUUCGACCAUCCCAGGAUAAAACGGCUACUGCAAAGAACUGCUGGCGGGAACAGAUGAGCUUGUUGUGCAAUACCGCACAUAAACUUAUUGAAGCUGUAUUCUCUAAAACUGUUAACAUUUAUAAAGACAGCAGAAAUGUUAAGAAACUUCCCACUCAGUUGUUGUCCAACACACCAUUGUCCACAGCCCUGUCUCACGUUCUGGAUGUAAAGAAAACAACACCAAACACUAAUUCUUUGGAUAAAGACGUAAUACUGUGUAAUAAAUUAAGAAAUAUAUUUAUUUUCAUUCAAGCUAUGCUUGUAGAAGUAUAUCCAGUGGCAAAACCAAUUCAACCCCAGUUAAUAUUAGAAGUAAUAGUGCAAGCAUUGAGCGUGUCUAGUAGUGCCAACACUAAUGUAACAGAAGCAGCUACGGUCAAAAUACAGGCGCACAGGACUUUAGAUGCCUUGAUAUUGUGCUUGGGUCCAAACCUCAUUCCAUUCUCAGCAUUAGUGUUCCGAUGUGUGAUGCAAACACUAAGGUGGAGUUCUGAUAAUCCUACCGAAGAAUCAAGCAAAGUCCGCUGCGUGGCAUACAACAGUUUAAGCAGAUGGUUGAAUACUUUACACGUACACCGGGUGUCGAGCGACGACAAAGGCAGGUCUUGGGAAGACGAGAUCACCAACCAUAUUAUAACUGAUAUCACUCCCCCGAAGAAAACUGUAGAACUCACCAUGAGCAACCAGUACACAAAAAAUUUAAGUAAAAAAGCACGUAAAAAAUUAGCAAACACAAUGCUGCAACAGAGCUCCUUAGCAAGUCAUACACCAGGCGAAAAAAAUAAACUCACUGUAAUAGAAGAGACCAAUGAUGAAGUCGCCAAUGCGGCUUUAGAAUGUUUAGAAACAUUCCUAACAGUUUGUGGAAUAUUUUUGAAACAAACUACUCAUAAGGUAUUUCAAGAGCGCCUUGUUCGAGAAUGCUACCAUUUAGACAGCUACUCAAAAGCACGUUCGGUUCGUUUGCUGCGAGCAUUAGAUGGUUGCAGGAAGAACACUCCGUCGAACGUACCACCACCCACACAAUACUUGCUCCAGUUAUACAGCACUUUGAUUAAUAGUCAAUGUGAUGAGGUUAAAAAAUUCUCCUCCCAAGCUAUAUUGGAGAUCAGACUACACUUGCACUGCUCGCCGCCUUCGCUCAACUUUGCCAUCGAAGCUCCUGUAGACGAGAAUAAAACAAAAGACAAGAGAAAGAGAAUAUCAGAAAGGAAUAGAGCAGCAUUAGAGUCGUUACUAGGGAAAGACAGAAUGCCACCAGCCAAUGAUGAGGUGAUAACCAUUGCUGACGAACCAUCUACUAAACGAUCGCGUCUAGAGUCCGAAGUCGUCCUGGAUAAUAUUAGUGUCAGCAGUGAAUCAGCGAAAUCUAUUGAAAUCAGUGAUGAUGAUGCAGAUAACGAUGUUGUUCGAGAAGUUGAACUAGAAAGUCAGGAAUUACAAGAUAAAACAGAAGAAGAUUCUAAUAAACAAGACACCUUGACUAUCUUAGAAGUUCAUGAUGAUGCACAAGCAAGUAAUACAAUAAUUGAUAUUGACGAAACUGGUGCAAGUACAAGUAUCUCACCUCAACAGGAGCUAUCUCAAUGUGAAAUAACACCCGAAACUAAUAUUUAUGAAGCGAAAACCCAAAUACCUCUAAAUAUUUCAGCUGAUACUAUAGAAGGUGAUAAUAGCCCAAUAUCUAUGGAAGUAGUUUAUGAUACGAAUGCAGACAAAAACGUAAAGGUUUUAGAAAAAAUGGAUGAUGAAAAUCUGCCUAGCACUAACGAUACAGAUGAUGUACAAAUCACUUGCGGUCAAUGUGUAAAGAGUUCUCAGGAAUUAGAAAAGGAUCAGGAUCCAGAGAAACAUAAAGAAGUAGAAAAUAUUCCUGAAGUGAAUGAAACAAACGAAGCUGAACUCGUACUUGAAAAUGGUAAUGGAAAUGAAGUAAUUGAAAAUAUUGAAGUUAAAAUUACUACAAAAGAAAUUACGGUAGAUGACAUGUUAGCGGACUUUGUCGACGAAGUAAACGAAGAAACUAGUGCUGAAGCUACUGAAGUUUAG